UCCGGAAUUUAGCCUCUGCAGGAAAGCAUUCUUCCUUCCUUCCUUCCUUCCUCAAUCUCAGGCAACCCAAAACCUUAUCCCUCUCUUCUUCACUCUCUCUCCCUCAUGGUCACUUCAUAAAAAUUCAAUUUUUGGGUUAACUUCUUGAGGGGAUUUCAGGGAUAGAAAGGGAGGAGGGAGAGAGCAAGAAGAGAGGCUGAAAAAGAAAAAAUGCAAGCUGUUUUUCAGACAAAAGGGCUUCUUUCUCUACCUUCAAACCCCAAAACCAGGGCUUUGCUCAAUCCUCCACAGCAGGGUUUAAGGCAUAGGUUUAGCCCUUUCAAUCCCUUGAAAAACAAACCAUUUUCAGGUCUCUCUGUAAAUCUUAAUGGGUUCCAAAAAUUUCACGGCUUUGCCACAAAGCCUAAUUUAAUUAUCCCAAAAAAUAGAACUUUCCAUGUUUGCAGGGCUGAGGCUGCUGCUGCUGCAACAGGAGCCGACGGCCAGCCAGUUUUUCGCCAGCCCGAGCCACCCAAGUUUUUGGGUAUAGAGCUUAAUACCCUUAAGAAGAUUUUACCUCUUGGCAUGAUGUUUUUCUGUAUCCUCUUCAACUAUACAAUUCUUAGGGACACCAAAGAUGUGUUAGUGGUGACAGCUAAGGGGUCAAGUGCUGAGAUUAUACCUUUCCUGAAAACUUGGGUGAAUUUACCUAUGGCUAUCGGGUUCAUGUUGUUGUACACAAAAAUGGCUAACGUGUUGUCAAAGGAGGCUCUUUUUUACACCACAAUACUUCCCUUUAUCGCCUUUUUUGGGGCAUUUGGGUUUGUUUUGUACCCGCUCAGCAAUUAUUUUCACCCCACAGCUCUUGCUGAUAAGCUUCUGAAUAUACUUGGCCCAAGAUUUCUAGGGCCAAUUGCUAUUAUGAGGAUCUGGAGUUUUUGUUUAUUUUAUGUCAUGGCAGAGCUUUGGGGAAGUGUGGUCAUUUCGGUGCUUUUUUGGGGGUUUGCUAAUCAGAUAACUACCAUUGAAGAGGCUAAAAGAUUCUAUCCUCUGUUUGGACUGGGAGCCAAUAUUGCCCUUGUUUUCUCUGGUCGGACGGUGAAAUACUUCUCUAAUUUGAGAAAGAAUUUAGGUCCUGGAGUUGAUGGUUGGGCCAUCUCCUUGAAAGGAAUGAUGAGCAUUGUUGUGCUGAUGGGGGCUGCCAUCUGUUUCUUCUAUUGGUGGGCGAAUCGCAAUGUGCCUCUUCCUACCCGUAGCAAGAAGAAGAAGGAGAAACCAAAGAUGGGGACAAUGGAGAGUUUGAAGUUUUUGGUGUCUUCUAAAUAUAUUAGGGAUCUUGCCACUUUGGUUGUUGCAUAUGGCAUUAGCAUUAACCUUGUAGAGGUUACAUGGAAAUCCAAGCUCAAAGCUCAGUUUCCUAGCCCAAAUGAAUACUCAUCCUUCAUGGGUGACUUUUCAACUGCUACUGGAAUAGCAACUUUCACGAUGAUGCUUCUGAGUCAAUGGAUUUUUGACAAAUAUGGCUGGGGGGUGGCAGCCACAAUUACACCAACUGUUUUGCUCCUCACAGGAGUUGGCUUCUUUUCCUUGAUAUUGUUUGGUGACCCUUUUGGGCCUUCUCUUGCCAAGUUUGGGCUGACUCCACUUCUUGCAGCAGUUUAUGUGGGUGCGAUGCAAAACAUUUUCAGUAAAAGUGCCAAAUACAGCUUGUUUGAUCCGUGCAAGGAAAUGGCCUAUAUUCCAUUAGACGAGGAGACCAAGAUUAAAGGGAAAGCUGCAAUUGAUGUUGUCUGCAAUCCAUUGGGAAAAUCUGGUGGUGCAUUGAUUCAACAGUUUAUGAUAUUAGCCUUUGGCUCACUGGCAAAUUCCACUCCUUACCUUGGAGGUGUACUUCUAAUAAUUGUUGGCGCAUGGUUAGCGGCAGCCAGGUCCUUGGAUGGCCAAUUUACUGCAUUGCGACGUGAAGAAGAGCUUGAGAAGGAGAUGGAGCGAGCAUCUGUUAAAAUCCCAGUCAUGACUCAGAAUGAGAGUGAUAACGGUUCUCUUGCGAGUGGAGCAGCUCUAAAUCCUGCUGAGGGUGGCCCUGCCAGCACUUCUGAGCCCUCCUCUCCGCGAAGUGUGUGAUAAUAUCGUUGAAUUAGUUGCCGAACGUGAGACCAUAAGGAAAUGAAAGUGGAAGUUUUUGUGGUGGUUGCGGUGUUCCUGAGUUCACUACUUAAAGGGGGGAUUUCAAAAGUGGUGCAGGUAGGAUUUGGAUUAAUUCAUACUUUUACAGAAUAAUCAAAAACUAUAAAAGAUGUAAUCAGCUUAUUGUAGUUCAUUUGAUUCUUCUCCAAGCUUUUACUUACCAUUGAGAAACAUUUGUUAGAUACGUUGAUGUAGAAUGCAGAAUAUUUAAGAUUUUAACUCGAGAAUGCAUAAUGGUUCUGGCAUGUUAGUUAGUGUAAUUACAUCCCCCUCUUA